AUGACUUCAGCCGAAGAAUCCGGCACCAGCUCUUGGUACCGGGUGCCGACGUGGUCGGGCAACCCGGCGGAAUGGCGACAGUUCCGCCGGGAGAUGAACUGGUGGAUGGCUUCGCUGGAUGAAGAAUCCUGCAAGAAGUUCAAUGUUGCCGCCCGAUGGGCACUUAGACAAUAUGGUGUGGUCAGGGCUCGUUGUGAAGAAUUCGAUCCCCAGGAUCUUGAAGGGACCAAGGAAGAAGCCAUGACCGAUCCUGACACCGGCGACAAAGUGAUUCGGGUUGCUGCAGACCCUUUUGCUGGCCUCAAGAAACUCAUGACUGCCUUGGAGGCCACGGUUGGGAAGACAGCUUUGGAUAGAAAGGGAGAACUCCGAUCCCUUUACUAUCAAGAAAUCAAACGCAGCCCUGGAGAGAGAAUCUCAGCAUUUUGCACGAGAUUCCGGACACUUGCAGCUGAGCUCAAACGGGAAGGCAUAGUGAUGCCGGAGGAGGAGUUAGGCUGGAUGUUGAAAGAACGUUUGGGACUGGAUGCAAUCAGGAAGCAGUUGCUGGAGACAGCAUUGGCAGGUCGGGAGAACUAUGAUGUGGUCGAAUCAGAAUGCCUUCGUCUGUUUCGAGAUUUGCACUCCUCCGCACCACUACUCCAGCGUUUCCUACAGUCCCAUGACAGACACAGCUCCUCUUCGUCCUACAGGCCUUCGACUACAGCCAGCUCGACGGCUCCCUCUUCUCGCUCCUUCCGGACUCAGAGCUCUGGUUCCAGCCGGCCACCUUUCAAGCGUUUUGGCCAGCAGCCUCAACCUCGACAAGCCUUGAUUGCCGAGGCCCCUGAAGAGGAAGGCCAGAUGGAGGCGGAAGAUGAAGAGCUGAUUCCAGACGAUGAUGGUCAGGGUUACCCUCCUGAGAACCUGACGAUCGAAGAAGUCCUCCAGACCGAAGCUGAGCUUCUUGCCCAAGAGCUGCAGGAGCUCGAGACUGAAGGUUGCGACCCUCGAGUGCUUGAAGAUUUGGAGAGCGGCAUGGAACAGGCCGCAGAGAGUCUGUUGACAAUGCGUGAAGCACGCACCAAAAUAGCUGAGGUCAAGAAAGACCGUGGAUAUGGAAAGCCUGGCCAACCGGCUCCUCGUUCGACGAAGCCCCAUGGCAAUCAAGUCCCUCGCCAAAAGAGCACUACCAAGUGCUUCGAUUGUGGUGAGAUGGGACACUGGGCUGGUGAUGCAGGCUGCAAGGCCCCUGGUGCUGGCCUGGCUCGACCCAAAGGAAAGCCUAAGAGCCAGAUGACGAAGCAGGUCCGUGUCACCGAGAUCCUGAACACUGAACAUGUGGCUCCUGAAGAACCUGAUGGCCACGAGGUCAUGACAGUGGCCGCCGGCGAUUCAUGGGAUCGCCCAUUGUUCGAAGUCCUCAUGCAGCACCAUACCGACCCCAAGAACACUCCACGUCUCGCACAAGACAAAAGAUUCGUUGGAGCUUUGGAUAGUGCUUGCAAUAGAACAUGUGCAGGUUCCUCAUGGUUGGCCUUCUACCUCCAAGCCCUCGAACGUGCUCCUUCCUAUAUCCAGAACCUCAUCAUCACCACCCCCGAGAAUGAGUUGUUCAGGUUUGGAAAUGGUGGUACCCAAAGAAGCACCGUGAGGUACAGACUCCCUAUGGCCCUGGGUUCGACUUUGGUUUUGGUGUGGGUGUCAAUAGUGCCAGUGCCAUCGUUGGGGCUCCUUUUGGGAAGAGACUUUUUGAGCGCUAUCGGUGCGGUCCUUUCGUUCGGCCGCAAGCUACUGAGAGCUGACUUGGUGGGUGGCGGACUUUUGGAGUUGGGUCAGCUGGCCGCAGGCCACUUCGCCCUUCCACUCCAGCCACGCCAAUGGCCUCGUCCGGACUCCCAACGCUGGCGGAAACUUGGACAAGACGGCAUAGUUGAACUUCAGUUGAACAGUUUUGAUUUUUGGAAGAAACAGUUGCAAUUGAAGAUGAGUCAUUUUGAAGUGCCUUUUGAGUCAACCUCCGAAGCACCGCAUGAGCACCUUGUGACAGAGCAUGCGAUCCUUGCUGCGACGUCGGCCGGGGCUCAAGCUAUGAAGGAUCUGUGGAUCGUAAUGGAAGCGGCCCAGCACUUCGACCUGACUCUGACCGAGAACGACUACACGAAGGUGGUGCUGCGCUGGCGGCGAAUGCUUCUCCGCCUUCGCGCAAAGGCCGCUUGGCACGCGCAUGGCUUGCUCUUGUGGCUGUUGCCUCGUCCGCAGCUGCGGUACGCGCCCUUUCCGUACCCCAGCAUCAGCCAUACCAGACAUUGGCAAGAACAAGCCGAAUCUAUGACCCUCCAGAAGCCAAAGGCAUUGAUGGUCAAGCACUGGCAACGAGCUCGAACCCAAGAACCGUCAGUGUACACGACCAAGAACCUCCUGGACUUGGGACAAUUCAGGAACCGUGCUGGCCUCAACUUCGCCUUCAUGGAGGACAACAUGUUGCAAGGAAUGCUUGCAGCGCGCGCCAGCAAAGGCCUGACGGCCCAACUGAAGCGGGAUGCCAUUCAGGAAGCCCAACUCGAAGCCGAGGCCGCUACCAAGCGUGGAGAGAAGCACGACAUGGUGCGCUCCCUCAUCGGCCCAAAGGGAGGCCUGCCAACGUUGAAGGCAGAUCUGGUGAAACUGGCUUCACUCCUGAACAUCCCCGUCCAGACUGGAAUGACUGUGGAAGACCUCAAGAAAGCUUGCCGCCCCUUGGUUGCCGAGAUUGCUCAAAAGCCAACUCCCUCGAAGGCAAGUGGAUCUACCAGUUCAACGGAAAGACAUGUCCCCGAGACGUCAAUGGCGAGACCUUCUCAAGCGCCCGAGACAAUUGGCGCAAAGGCCAAGGCAUCUCCUGGAGUGACCGCCCAAGAGCUACAGGAAGUCCUCACCAUGCAGGACCACAAGUUCCAAGGGAUGCUGAACCAAGUGCUCCAGAGCAUUUCGACCCUGCACCAAGCAUCGCACCUGCCAGGACCUAUGACUUCCGGUCCGAUGGAAACCGAAGCAACCAUGGACUUCGGCUGGACCCAGGACGAGAUUCAACAAAUGAACCGCGACUACUACCAGGACAACUUGGAGUGGCGCCAGGAAGUGAAUGAAGUCUAUGAGGAGCAGUGGCAUCGAGCGAUGGACCACUUCCAGAACGAGAUCUUUGUCACCACCCUCACCGUUGGCGAUGAGAAGUCUUUUCAGUCCCAUGCCAUGUCUGAGAAUAGGUUGAUUUCAAAGAACCCCGACCUUGUUGAGAAUGACCGCUUCCCCAAGACCUUUGACCAGAAGAGUCGUGGUUGUCACUUUGUUUUGGAGAACCCUCAAUCCUCUAGAGCAUGGACCCUGGAAGAGAUGCAAAGAGCCUUGGAGCAACUUGAGGCCCUGGUGGUUGGAAUGGAAAAGCAAUUUGAAGCUGACUUCAAAAGACCACACAACAUCCUUGCCAUCGAAGACGGUGAGGAGGCUGAAGAUGAGACCGCCCUGCCGAUUGACAUGAACCUGAGUGACUCUGAUCAGGAGUCCACUGAAGCUGAGGCAGUAAGCGCCUACAACUCGGACAUCAACGACGCUGGUGUCUCUCCUAUGCAAGCUGCCUUUGGAAAGCAACCCCGGAUGCACGGAGAUUGCCUUGGUGAUUUUGGUCGCCGCUUGAGUGAGCAUGGACUCAUCGACUCUCGGCCAAGUUUGGCCAGACAAGUUGCCAUGCGAGAGACUGCUCGCUUGGCGAUGGUACAUCUCCAUUUCCUGAAGCUGUACGAGCUGCCUUUGAACAGAGACGGCAGAGCGUUUCCAGUGCCGCCCCAAGUGCUAGUGGCGAGUCACAAGCUUCCAAAAGGCCUGCUGAACUGGAUGCUGAGCGCUUGCGUGAAGAAGCUCUUCAACCAGACCCUGUUGCUCCAACUCCGGCUCAACCUCCAGAUCCAGAUCAUGGCGGAACAGGAUCGUCUGAACCCUUUGGAAGCCAGAGUCCGAGACCAUGGGACAUGGCGUGGCAAUUGGCCUCUCCCCUCGAGGACAGAAUUCAGACGACGGCAAAUGCUGAAGCAACUUUGGCCCCUUGGCAAUGAUGAUGCUGCUCAGGAAGUGCUUGCAGUGCUCACCGCUCGUAAGGAGCAUGUAUGGAGUCACAUGUCGGACUUUGAGAAAAAGGAGUUCCGUGAAGUAGCAGCCAAAGGAUGGUCAGUAUGGGUUGAAAAUGAAGCCAUCGAACCUCUUCCAGAUGCCGAAGCUGCCCGCAUUAGGCAGAAGUUAAAGACAGAAGGUGAAAGCCACCGCAUCUUGGUUCCUCGCUUCGUCUAUGUGGACAAGAAUGACGGACUGAGGACGGCAGACCGGGACCUUCCACUCAAGGCCAACGCCAGACUGGUCGUCCCCGGAUACCAAGACAUUAGUGCAUAUGGCCUUCGUUGUGAUGCCCCAACAGCGUCGAGAACUUCUCAGCAUCUUUUGCUGACCUUUGCCGCCAGUAUGAAGUGGAAGCUGGCAAGUGCUGACAUCAAGUCGGCAUUCAUGAAAGGUGAAGAGUUUGGCCCCAAUGAACGCAUCCUCUACCUCGCCAACGUGAAGACCAGAGCACCUGAUGAGCCACGCCUACCAUUCCCUGAAGCAGGCUUAUGCCGUGUGAAAAAGGGAGUAUUUGGCUUAGCUGACAGCCCUCGUCGUUGGUAUAAGAGGUUAUGCAAGUCAGUACAACACCAUGGUUGGCAACUUUCAGCUCUGGAUUCGGCCAUGUGGUUCCUGUGGGAAGGCUCCAAAUUGGAAGGCAUCCUCAUCUCCCACGUGGAUGACUUGCUACUGGCCGGAGGCCCUCGUGCGCACCACACCUUGCAAUUGCUGGGUGCCGAACUUGGGUUUGGUUCCACCUCCACCGGAACCAUAACCUAUUGUGGAAAGAAGAUUGAGCAAGCUGAAGAUUUUUCGGUGAAAGUUUCCAUGGAAGAGUACCAUAGCAAUCUUCAGCAGGUGCGCAUCAACCCACUUCGAAAGAAGAAUCCAGAGGCCACUUUGAUGCCUGGAGAACAACGCCAGCUCAGAGCUCUCCUCGGGAGUUUGCAGUGGCUAGUAGCGCAAGUUCGCUUUGACUUGCAAUUUCAGUUGUCGACAUUGCAGGGUGCUUCCCAGACCAUCGAGACGUUGAUCCGCGCCAACGCCUUAGUUAGAAAGGCAAAGCUCCACGCAGACUUCGCUCUGCACUUCAAGCCCUUGGACAUGAAGAAUGCGGGGAUCCUCGUUGUUUCUGAUGCCUCGCUUGGCAAUGUGACGAAAAGCGGUAGUUCCCACGAAGCGGCCAUCAAGAAGGUCUAUAGUCAAGCCGCCUACUUUGUCCUCAUUGCUGACGAAAACCUCAUGAGCGGCAGAGAAGGCAAGUUCACAGUGUUGGACGCCCGGUCUCAUAGACUGAACCGGGUAUGCAGAUCGACAUUUGCCGCAGAGUUGCUGGGCAUUGAGGAGGCGCUGGAUGCCGGGCAAUAUUGCCGCGGCGUGCUUGGCGAAGCUUUCGGUCAUCCACUCGACCGGAAGCCCUUUGACCUUAGCACGGAUUCCGUGCCCCUGUUGGUUGUCACCGACGCCAAGGAUGCAUUCGACAAAUCCUGCUCAGAAACGCCGAGCUAUGGCAGCCAAAAGAGUUUAGCUUUCACCAUAAGCUGGAUUCGUUCAAUGCUGGCUCGAUGCAACACGAGCAUGCGUUGGACAGCAACAGAGAACAUGAUCGUAGACUGCGGCACUAAGGAGCUUGACCCUCAGCACCUUCACAAGAUCCUGAGAGAUUGCAAGUGGUGUGUACAGUUUUCCUCCCAGUACGUCAAACAGACGUCCAAAAGUAAGAAGCCCAUGGCUAACUCACAACAGACCGGAAGGUUGGUGAGAAGUGACAUGGGAGUCCCUUUUGAAAGCUCCUCCCCGUUGUUUGGCCAUGUGAUGAAGCUCUCACAGAGCUCAGGUUGGCACGCUUUGAAUGAAGAUUUGGCCGUCAACGUGUGCCGUCAGGCUCGUUCGUACAGGACCCCAGAGCCACGCUGUUCAAGAACGGCACAUGCGUUUCGUUCCACUUUUGCCCGCUUUGACAGCGAACAUAGUGUGAUUUGGCGACAGUUGGAAGACUCUGUCGACAUGCGAGAGCUCCAGAAUCCUCGAUCGAUGCUUGAGGAGCCUGUCGCUUUGCUCGUGACCGUGUUCAGCCGUUGCCCAACCCCUCAAAUGCCACAAGAGAAGGGGAUGAACUGUGAAAGUUGA